AUGUCAUUGGAGCUCCGGGUGCUGCAGCACCUGGAGAUCAUCGAUCUGACCUGUGAGGACACAAGCACAGACCUGGCACCAUGGAGCAGCCCCAUCAUCAUCGACCUGACAGAGGACACGUGCAGCACACCCCACACCACCAGCCAUACUAACCAGGACUCUGGCUAUGCCCCAGCAGCACACCAGAAACCUGAGCUCAUCCCCAGUGGGAAGAUGAGAAUGGUGAGCACCACCAUGGAGGAGAACUUCCUGGAGGGCACCUUGCAUUUCCUGAGCGAGUUCGUCUCCCGCCAGCACUAUCCCCCCAAAGAUAUCAUCUCCCACUUGAUCAGAGAGAUCCUGUUGAACCCCCACCAAGGGGAGACCCUGAGGGACAUCUACAUGCUGCUGAUGAAGAUCCAAAUGCUCCAUCCAGCCAACACUGCCACGGUGGGAUGGGACUGGACACUGCUGAAACACACCAUGGAGGACCAGGCUCACACAGUCUCCCUCUGCCCUCAGGAGAAGCCCCCCGGCCGGCUCCUCUUCCUGCAGUACGUGGUGCAGACCCUGGAGGAUGAUUUCCAGCAGAACCUGAGGCGGCGCCUGCUCCAGAAAUCGAUUGCCAAGAAAGUGCUUUCGUGUGACAUGUGCUUCAACAACGUCAAGGUGAUGCUCCUGCUCCAGAGGAUGUUGUCCCUUGCAGUGGAAGUGGACAAAUCUCCCAACUGCAGCUCCUGUAAGAUCGCAGAUGUGAUACUCCCAUUUAUACUGAAUAUUCCUCUGAGGAGCCAAAGGGAGGCUUUCAUUAACACCAUGGAGAGCCAGCUCCUGCGCUGCAAACUGCUAGAGCUGUUGUUCCAGCACAGCUGUGACGUGCCCACAGCCCUGCCCUUGUCUCCAGCCAAGAUCCUGUACUUCCUGAGCCACUCCUCUGUACUGCUGCAAUACCAGGAGGAAACAGCAACAUGGCAAAGAUGGGAUGAGAUGCUACAGUACUUGAGUUUGCUGCUGAUGAGUUACCAAAAUGUAAUAAUGGAGCACUUACGGAGCUCCCUCAACGACCGGAUGGACUUGAUCAUCCAGAAGGCCAAGCCCAAGCUCCAGGACAGCAAUUACAUCAGCCACCUGGACAUUGAACUGAACAUCAAGGACUUCAUCAGCCGAAUGCAGCAGAUCCUGGAGCAGCCUUUUCCCCUGCAGAUCGAGGAGAAACUGUGCAUGCUUCAGGAGCUGUUUCUCAUUGUCACUGCUACCUGA